UUAAACAUUAACUUCUUUACAGCUUUGAAUUCAAGCACUUGUAAAAACUGGAAGCAAGAGGACACAGGAGCCUAAUAAAUGUAAAAAUUGCCAAAAAUAGCAAUAACAAUACGAAGUUGGGAAUUUCACUAAAGCGCUAUUUAAAAAACUGACUUAUUAACUUCAUACUUGAUCUAUAUACAUCAUAUUUUUUGCAAGACUAAUCUAGGAGAAUUAAACAGCACAUGGAGUGUUAGGAGGAAGAAAAAGGCUUUGGACUGUCUUGCCGAGUCAUCUGUGUCGAUUCUAUCAAUUGAGUUUCUUGAUCGGCUCGAAAUCACUCCGACCCACCACGCAUCUGCCCACCAGCCCCAUCUGCCACUGGGCUUAUUAUAGCAAUCUUCUACCAUUAUGUAAUUGCUAUUUCUUCUCCCCAAAAGGGUUAUUUAACAUACUUUGGAGAUAAUGUCUAUUAUAAUACGACUGCAAAAUCUGCCUUUAAGUGCUACAUCUGGAGAUAUACGACACUUCUUUGGAGGUCUUAGUAUACCUGAAGGGGGUGUACAUAUUCUUGGUGGUGAGAAAGGUGAUGCUUUCAUUGCCUUUUAUACUGAUGAAGAUGCACGUAUUGCUAUGAAAAGAGAUGGCAGUAAAAUUAAAGAUGCUCGUGUCAGAUUAUAUCUGAGCAGUCAUAUGGAAAUGCUACAUGAAAUUGAAUGUGUUACGAAAGGUAAUUUCAGCGAGUUACCUGAGAAGCAUUUAACAAAUGAGUUGCAAAGGUCUGGAAGUCUCUCUCCUGUAUCAUUUGAAAGGAAAAGGUACACAUCAGGGACUCAUCGAAGUAGAAGCCCGUAUGAAUUUCGGGACGCAAAUAGAGAAAGAAGUGAACAUUAUAAGUUGGAUUCACCACUGAGAAGUUGGUCGUCCAGUGCUGGCAGAGUGCAUUCACCCCAAUUUAGAAUGUCAAGAUCACCUCGACGAAGAAUAUCACGUUCACCACUAAGAUCAAAAUCUCCUGGUAGGAGGUUUUAUUCUCAGAAUAAUAGGCAGUCUCACUCGCCAGUAGUAAGAAAAUCAAGAUCUCCUCACAAGAGGAAAUCACAUUCACCAGUUUUAAGGUCAAGAUCUCCCAGGUUCAGAGAACAACAUUCUCGAAGAUCACAGUCACCUGCUACUCGAUACAGGGAUUUUUCAGACCAUGGAAAGCAAGUUAUUUCAGUAUCUGAGUCUUAUACACGCUCAGUUUAUUCCUCUGAAAUGAAAGAUGGGUAUCCACAAGAAAAUAUCCAUGACUCAGUAUUUAAUGAUCGUUUUGAUUCUGAAAUUCAACUAGGGCAUGAGAUUGAAAGUCGCGAACUUCAUCAGAUGGAUCCAGUGAAAUUUUCAGAUCAGGAUCACCAAAAUGCCAAUAAAUUUCAAUCAGCAGAAAGAUCCCAGGCAGAACUUGAAAGACGGAUAACUGACGUUUUAAAACAAAAUUGUAUCCAGGAAGCAUUUGAAAGAAAAGUUAAUGACAGUUACAACAGAGAUUUAACUAGAGAUAAUUCCUUUGAAGCAGGACAUGCUUUUAACCAAGACAAAGUAUCUGAUAGAUAUGUGCAUUUUACUUCUACUUCAACUUUAAACUGGAAUACAAACAAAAGUGUAAUACCUGCAAAUCAGUAUAAUGCAUUGCCAACUUCAGCUCCUAGUGCUGUUCCUUCAAGUAUGCUGUCAUCAUUACCUCCAAAUGUAUUACCAACACUACAGUCUAAUGUAGUGCCAUCCCUGCCUCCUAAUGCAAUGUCAUGCCCACCUCCUAAUGCAGUAUCAUCUCUACAUCCAAGUGUAGUACCAUCAAUGCCUCCAAAUAUGCUGUCAUCUAUGCCUCCUAAUGUGGGGUCGUCCAUGCCUCCUACAAUGAUACCAUUCCAGCCUCGUAAUGUAAUACCUUCAUUGCCUCCUAGUUUUUUGCCAUCUCAGCCUCCUAAUAUAGUACCACCAAUUCCUCCUGUUAUGCCACCACCUGUACUUCCAAAUUCACUCCCACCUGUACCUCCAAAUGUACCACCAUCAUUUCCUACUAUAUUGCCACCAGCAUUUCCUAAUGCAUUGCCACCACCACCAGUGUUUCCAGGUGUUGUGAAAGAUAUAAAUAAUGGACAACAAGUAAAGAGCAAAAUUCAUCAGUCACAAAAUUUCUAUGUUACAAUAUCUGGGUUGGAUCCAAAUUGGUCUUACAGAGAAAUACAAACUAUAUUAAAUGGGAUUUAUGUUCCCCAAACUGAUAUAAAAUGGGAAAUUGAUCAAGCAGGUUUGAGAACAGGUACUUCGUUCAUAAAAUUGUUACAGAGGGAAGAUUUUGUGAAAAUCACAAGUAAAGCAACUUUUCAUUUUAAUAAUAGGCGUAUAACUGUGAGUGAAUGCCCAGAGUUUGUUUUUCAAACUUGUUUUCCUCCAGACACCAGCAUAAUGCCUGACCUUACUUCUGCACCUUCAGACAGCAGUGUAAUGUCAAAUCGUAAAGGUACUUUGGCAGUGAAUUCUGAUUUGUGUUGUGUUAUGAAAGGUUUGCCUUUUAAUGUAACGUACAAAGCUAUUCGAAAAUUUUUCCGUGGCCUUAGUAUAGAAGAUAUAUUUAUAAUUUAUGCCAAGAAUGGCAAAGCAACUGGGACUGGUUAUGUAUCUUUUACCAAUUUCAAAGAUUUUGUUGUUGCUAAAUCACGAAAUGGAAGAAAAAUUUCUCACAGGUACAUUGAGGUAUUACCAUGUUCAGAUAAAGAUAUGAUGGAGGCAAAAAAUAAAUAUGGUAGUUCUGGAAACUCUCGGCCAAAUUCUGCAACAAGUUCUAUUAAUAAUCCAUAUCAAGAUACAGAAACUCCAAGUUCUUUUAAUAAACCAUUGCAAGACAUAAAAACUCCUAUGCAAACAAGGCCUCUAUGUGCAUUACUUACUGGGCUACCACCAUCUAUUACAUCCAGCAAAAUUUCAGCAUUUUUUAAGAAGUAUGGUUUAAAUCCUGAUGCCAUUCACAUUACUCUUAAUAAUAAAAAUCAGCCUAAUGGUAGAGCAUUUGUUGAAUUUUCAAAUUUUCUGGAUUUUGAAGCAGCUCUUAAAUGUCAUGGGAAUUUUAUUGAAAACAAUUUAAUUUGUGUCAAACAGAUUUUACAUGAUGAAAUGACAAAAAUAUUGAAUACUCAGAAAGCAAAGCAUAAAUUUCAAGGAUUGGAACUUCAUUUAACACCACCAGACUUGCCUGAAAAAGUACCAUACCUCUGGGAACCACCUGAUGAUUUUGAAAAUCAGGGUAAACUUUCAGAGAUCUCCAACUCUGAUACUUGGCCUACAGAUACUGUUAUGAGAGACACAUACAGUAAUCAUGGAAACAUGCAAAAUUUUGAAUUUAAUAGACCUAGAGAACUUUGUAAUACUUCAUUAAAUAUGUAUGAAAAGAUGGAUGUUUUUGAAGAAAACCAGAAGUACAACUCUUCUGUUGAUGCAUAUAUCACUGAUCGAAUUAAUGAAAAUAGGCAGUAUCAAAGUGAGCUUGAAGAACAGCAGAUGUACAAGACUUUACCUGUUGACAUCCCGUCUGUACACACAGCUUAUGAGGAGCCACCUGUCAUUCGAAACAAUACACAAGAACCAUCAAUGUACUUUCAAGAAAAUUCAUAUGAUAUGGAUAUGGCAAAAGAAGAUCCUUAUAGAGCUCCAGUGAAAUUUGAAGUUAGAACUAAGCAGUCUGUUUCAAAGAACUCCAAAACAGAUGAUGCAUUUAGUCAAACAUUUCAUGAAGAAAAAAGAAAACUAAUUAAAUUGUCACCUGACAGACACUAUGCAGAUGUUGAUAAAAUUGGUUACUCACACAAAGAAGAGAAAAGAGAUGCUUCUAGAAAGCAAUAUGAUUCAAAAGAAAAAGUCACCAAGAGUGAAAGUUCAGAAAGAGCAAAAGACUCUAAAAGAUAUGAUGAAAAGUUUUCAUCGAAGGAAGACAAGGACUAUGUCAGCAGAUUAAGAAGGGAUUCCAGAGAUAGAAAGACUACAAGGUCUAGGCGAAGAUCACCUUCACCACCUAGCAGACGUUCACGCAAUAGCGAAAAAGAUAGAAGAAGAUCACCUGUAAAAUCUUCAUCGCACCAGCUGAAUGAAAAAUCUGAUUUGCGAAGGUCAUCUCCUCAUAAGAGAAGAAGUUCAACUGAAAGGCAAUGUGUAGUACAGCUCUGCAAUGUUCAUCCUAGUGUUGACAGUGAGGAACUAGAGUAUUUUUUCCGUGGCUUUCGAGCCAAUAAAGAAAAUUUUAUUCGUAGAUUUGCGGAAAAUGGUGAGCCAACUGGAGACGUUCGUGUGACAUUUGAAAAUUUGCGAGAAGCGGAAAGAGCUAUACGAGAUUUAAAUCGACGUUACUUAAAAGGAAUACCUAUAGAAAUGUUUGUUGUUGGCUGAGCUAAAUGAAAGCUAUGAAUCUUAAGUGUUUACUGUAUCACUUAGAAUAAUAUAAACCUUGAACUUAAUUACUAUUGAAUUUUAAUAAGUUUUAUGUGAAUUACAGUGAAAAUUUCAAAACAAGUUUUUUUACUUUAUCCUAUUGGAAAAAAAAAUACUUAAAAUUUUAUGUUUUCUCAUAUAAUUUUAGGUUAUGCAAUAUACGUCACAGUAAUAAUGCAUGUGUAGUUUGUGGAUGAGCCAGCUAUUGGUGGUUCAUAUUAUUUCAGCAGAAUUAUGCUAAAAAUUCAUACUUUGAAUUUAGCAUUUUUGUACAAGAAUAAUGUGUAAAAAAUUUCUGAAGUAUUUUUAUUUAGCCAUGGAAUAGUAAUAGAAACUCCAAAAUAAAUUUUAGUUUUUUCGUCGAGAAAUUAAAAGUGAAAUAGAUGCUAUGAGUUUCCUUAUUUAUUUCGAUCAUUGUGGACAUUUGCUGAAAUGCCAUUCAUUGCUGUUUACAAAGAGAAUAUUAGCAGUACUGAAUUCAUAAUGAAAUAUGAAAUUUUUGGAAAUAUAUUAGCUUACAGAGGAAAGGAAAACAGAGAAUGCAUAUUCUGAUUUCUUAUGACUUAUUUGAAACAUACUUUUUUUUUGGACUAUUUAUGAAUUUUUUUUUUUUUUUUUUUUUUUUAACUUAGCAGCAAUAUCUCUUGAAUAUAAUGUGAGAAAUUGUAAUUUGCAACACUUAAUACCAAAUAAGGUCAUUCAUAAUUUUGAUUGAAAAUUAUCAGGCAACAUUAUUUUUAUUUUUAUUUAUUUAUUUUUUUUUUUUUUAAUAUGUGCUGCUGUUAAUAUAUUAUUAUCGUUAUUCUGUCUGGCACUAUUUUGACAUGAUUUGUUGUAAACUGAUAAACUGAAGAGAGAGCAUUCAGCUGUUAAUGGUCAUGUACAGUGAACUCAUUUCUGGCAUUUAUUUUGUAAUUGUAAAAUAUACUUAAAUAAAUUCGUCAGUAAAA